AUGGAGGAGCAGAACGAGGGGGAGCAGCAACAGGGGGCGGCUGUGGCUGAAGAAAUCGAGGCCUCUGCUGCCACGCAGGUGGAGGAGGCCCACCCAGAUUUGUCAGUAGAUGAAGGAGAGGCGGCAGCAGAGACUGAUCCACUGGCAGUAGUGGAAGGUGAAGAAAACGCUCAAGAAGCCCUGGAGGAGGAGACAACAGCGACCAACGUGGGCGAGGUGUCUGCCGACCUCUCACCCUCCUUGAACGAAGAAGGAGAGGUCGAGGUCGAGGCAGUUGAGGCCGAGGGUGAAGAAGAAGCAGAGGGAGAAGAGGGAGAGGGCUCCCCCGGUAUCACCAUCGCCCCACGCACCCCGGUGCUCGAGCACGACCCGCUUCGUGCCCUCACACCCCCCUCGCGGCGGCACUCGGAAGCGGACGAGUACCAGCCGCUGCCCCUUCCCACCACCACCGUCUCCCCGCUCCCGCCCGUCGCGGCUGCAGACACUUCGUCAUCCCCUGCGGUUGGUGGGGCUCGGGCCAAGCUGCCGGAGGGCGGACUGGCCGGUGCGGACCCGAGCACACUGGGGUCGGGCGGAAGGAAGGCGCCGGUGGCGGUCAACGACGACAUGGACGGCCUCAAGACGCUCAUGAGGGCAGGCUACUGGAAGGACGCGGCGCGCUUGGCCGACAAGCUGAGCACCCGUUCUCGCUGGCCUCACGAGCGCCUGCAGUGCAAGCUGUGCUUGCUCGUUGCCCUGGUAAAGACCAGGCAAUUUAAGAAGGCGACUGAUGAGGUGGACGCUCUCGGAGACCUGGAGGCGGCAUCGACCUUCUACGAGAGCUACCCGCAGCUGUACCAGGACAAGCGUGGAUCGAUAGUGCCUUUCUCGCUCUUCGUCCUGCGUGCCGAGCUGCCGUCGUUUGCCAGCCCGGAAGGCCUCUCCAGGUCGCUGGACGCACUCUUCGGUCUGCUCGACUACUGCCGCGCCCAGCUCAGCAGCCUGGCUGCCAAGUCGACCUCCGCCGCCGCUCCCGCGGCUUCGUCGCCCGACCAGCCGUCGUCGUUGACCGCAGCCGACCUAGACUCCCUCUCCACGCUCUCUAUUUCUCGAAGUGCUUCGCCCUCCUCGUCUUCUGGCCUCUCGUUCAUGGAGGAUCUGGAUCAAGAUGUGGUGCAGACGUGGCGGGGGCGGGAGGUCCGGGUGUUGUUCUCCAUCAGCACGCGAUACGUACAGGCCGGCGACUACUCCGCCGCGUUGCGCAUUUUGACCUCCCUCUUGCCGCUCUACCCCAAGGUAAUCCCCACCCGAGCAGCCUGCUGGCGGGUGCCGCUGUGUUCUAAUGCUCGCAUCGUCUCGAUUCAGGACGUUGUCCUGCUGUCGGCAGUGGGCCGCCUGCUGCUGCAGUGGGGCAACUUGACCGGAGCGGAGCGUUACUUCCGUGACGUAGAGCAGCUGGUGACGGAGCCGACCAACUCGGUGGUGGUCAUGAUGAACCGCGGCAUGGAGUACAUCGGGCGCGACCGCUACUCGGACGCGGCGCGUGCAUUCGAGCGCGUGUUGGAGCUUGAGCCGGACAACGUGUGGGCGGCCAACAACCGGGCAGUGUGCUGGUUGUACCUCCGCGACCUCCAACGCUCCAUCACCUCUCUCGAGCAGCUCAUCGCCGCCAAUCCUGAAGCCAACCUCCUGGAUGUGGUGGUGUUCAACCUGUGCACGCUAUACGACCUAGAGUCAGACAGCAGCGGCGUCAAGAAGAAGGCUCUGUUGGCCAUCAUCUCCCAGUUUGCCUCUGACGACUUCGACACCAGCGGCAUCAAGGUGUGA